GACACGUUGGAGAUUCUACUGGAAGCCUCGCCGAUCCAGGUGACGAAGAACCUGUAUACGGCGCUGUAUAGCUUGCGCUAUGCAGACCGUGAACGGCUGCUCUGGGUCGACGCUUUGUCUAUCGAUCUGACAAAUCUCGAAGAACGAAAUCACUAG